CUGUCUCGCCCUCAUUACAGUAAGUUUCGUUCCUCGUACCGUACUGUUCUGUASCCUACAGGUCUUCUCAGUAUGAGGCAAUGCGAUCGAUGAAGAAUUGGGCUAAACAACUGGCAAUCCUUGUUUUACAUUUUUGAACCAAGUUGAUCGUGUUGACGCAACAAGUGGUAGGAACAUCAUGAUCAGCAACACGGAAAGCGGUAGCGAAGAUGCUUAUAGCUUGAGAUCUGGUGUUGCUAGAUUAGAUAUCUGUUCAGUCUUAGUUCUUUGUCUGGUGGGUUUCUAUUCAUUACUUGCGAAUACUUAUCUAUUCCAGCAACACGAGUCGUCAUUACUUUUACACGAUGAAAACGAUGCAACUCUACAGCAAUGCCUUGAUUCAGCCGGGGGCCUUUGGACACCACAGGAAAAUAAUGCUAUCUAUCAGUACGACGGCGAUUUGCAUAGGAAAAAUAUAUCUACAGACUUUCGGAUCUUGUGCACUUCACUCAACAAGAGAAUUACGUGGGGGUCAUACAGGCUGCGAUGCAACGAUUUGAAGCGCUGGACAGAUGUUUGUGCUCCAAACGUUGACAUUACUGUUGGUGUUUCGAUAGAGCAGAUUCAUAGUAUGUGGGGAAAGAAAGCGCACGACAUAAAAAACAACAGCAUCUCACGAAUUGGUCCCAACAACAAUGAUAGUAUGAAUGUCGACGAUAUUUUCUAUAACGCGACAAUUUUCGUGAAGUCUCUUUCACGGAAAGAGUUUCCUCAGUUUGGAAAUAAAUUUAUUGACCUUGUCGAUGAGUACAGAUGGAAGGCAGAAAACAUCCCGCUUGAUAUGCACCUCAUAUUCCAAACGAGUUGGCAGGGUCCAACCCUAUUUCCCAAUCACAGCUCUUCGGUCGUGGAACACUGGUACAACAGUUAUCCAUCCGACAUGACAAACUUAGGAGAUCCGGAAUAUUUGCCUUCGAUCGAACAAAAAUCGCCUCGCCACCUGAAUAUUGCAACGAUAUGGAAUACUCGACGCAGUCUCGAUCCCACAGAGGGAGGAUGCCCGAGGCUGAAGACACCGAAUGUGAAAUAUUCCUGUAUUGAUAAGGUAAGCUUAGUUUCAAAUCAUGAAUACGGAUCCCAAAAUAACGAGGCUUGAAAUCGGCGUUUGAUAAAUUGUUUCGCUAUAUUAUUAUUCGAUCAGAUAUAAUGGAGACUUUUUCUCACGCUUUUCCGCUCAUAAAUGAGAAAAUACAGGAGUUUGACAUCACGUCAUGGUACCUCGAUUUAUUCAAUACAAAAAGUGACGAAUGUGAUAUGGCACGGACUAUGGCGUCCUCACAACUUGGAACUGGAAUGUUGUAUUACAAUCUUUUUCGAAAGUUUGACGCCCUUGUUGUUUUAGCCAAGAACCACACAGAUAAAUUAGAAUACGGAAAUGUUCAAAGAGCGAUAAGUCAGAUGAGGAGUGGAGUGCCAAUAUUAUUAGAGGUUCGUGGUAGAGUGUUCGAAGAUUUCAUGGACAAAUACAAUUACUCGUGUGCAUUUCGUAGAUAUAACGAUGGGCGAACAAGCCAAAAAACCAGACCUCUCAUGUCAUUUGAUGAAGCUGUGGAAAAGAUGAAAAGUCCCGAAAUAAGGCGGCAAUGCCAAGUGCAGGGAUUAGAAAUCGUCAAAGAUUAUUCGCCUUCAAAAAUUGGGCAAAAGUUUUUGAAGGCAGUGGGAUAUCAUGGUGAGUUCCAGUGUUAGUAAACAAAUACUGAAAAGAUAAUUAAGGUAGUAUGCCAAUCUCCUCUGUGCUUAUCUUAC